AUGACUAACUGGGCAAUUGAACUGUCUGAAUACGACAUAACGUAUGAAAGUCGGAAGGCCAUCAAAUCACAAGCUUUGGCCGACUUCAUAAUGGAGCUCACCCCGGUUAACCCAGAAAUGGGAGAAGCUGAAGAUACUUGGAGGGUAUAUGUAGAUGGAUCCUCUAAUGAUAAAGGAAGUGGAGCUGGGAUCAUACUUGAAAGUCCAGAAGGGGUGGCAAUAGAACACUCCUUGAACCUGGGUUUCUCAACUUCCAACAACCAAGAAGAAUACGAAGCCCUAAUAACCGGGUUGAUGCAGGCUAAGGAACAUGAGGCUAAAAGGGUUAAAGUCUUCAGUGACUCCCAGUUGGUGACUUCUCAGAUAGAAGGAAAAUAUCAGGCCAAAGGCCCUCUGCUGAUGAAAUACCUAAACAAGGUCCGAGAAAUGAUGGCCGAGUUUGAAGAGGUGAAAGUCACUCAUAUUCCUCGAGGGGAAAACAGUCGAGCUCACAUCUUAUCUAAAUUGGCAAGUACAAAAAAUCCAGGAAACCACAGAACCGUGGUACAGCAGAGAAGAACAGAGCUGAGUUGCGUGAUGAUAAUCUCCUCGACAAAUGACUGGAGGCAACCCAUAGUGGCAUACCUUAAGAAAGAGACAUUGCCUGAGGACUCAUUGGAGUCCAGGAAGCUGAUCCGAGAUGCAACACAAUAUGCAAUAGUGGAAGAUCAGCUAUAUAGAAAGGGAUUGUACAUCCCUAUGCUAAAAUGCUUAAACGCGGAAGAAGUAGAUUAUGUGCUGGCCGAGAUACACGAAGGAAUCAAUGGCCACCAUAUGGGGGGAAAAGCUUUGGCUAGAAGGACCCUCCGAGCUGGCUAUUUCUGGCCGACUAUGGAAGCAGAUUCCAAAGAACAUGUCAAAAGAUGCGACAGUUGUCAGAAGUAUGCCAGACUGAUUCUUUCACCACUAGAGGAAUUGAAAUACAUCUCGGAUCCAUGGCCCUUUUCCAAAUGGGUGAUGAAUUUGCUGGGACCCUUCAAAGCUGCAGAGGGACAGUUGAAGUGGCUAAUUGUUGCCGUAGAUUACUUCACCAAGUGGAUAGAAGCAGAACCGGUUACCACAAUAACCUCGACCAGGGUACAAAGGUUCUUCGAAAGGAACAUCGUCUCCAGGUUUGGAAUACCAGCCGAGGUAGUGACUGAUAAUGGAAUACAGUUUGCUAAUAAACAGUUUCAGGAGUUGAUGAAAGACCUGAAGGUCAAACACCGCUUGCAAUUGUGGAACACCCACAGUCAAAUGGGAAAACUGAAGGUGCAAACAAGGUAA